AUGGUACUAAUAUUGGGACGCAGACUGAAUAGAGAGGAUAGUGGGAUACGAGAUUCCCCUGCAACCAAACGGAAAGUUUUUGAAAUGGACCCAAAAUCCUUGUCAGGCCCGGAGUUUUUCGACUUCUCCUCGGGAUCGUCCCAUGCUGAAAGCAUUCUCCAGAUCUUCAAUGAAUUUCGAGACAGCCGGUUGUUCACGGACGUUAUCAUCUGCGUGGAGGGCAGGGAGUUUCCCUGCCAUCGGGCUGUUCUCUCGGCCUGCAGCAGCUACUUCAGAGCCAUGUUUUGCAAUGAUCACAGAGAGAGCAGAGAGAUGUUGGUGGAGAUCAACGGCAUUUUUGCUGAAGCUAUGGAUUGCUUUUUGCAGUAUGUAUACACUGGCAAGGUGAAAAUCACUACAGAGAACGUGCAGUAUCUCUUUGAAACAUCAAGUCUCUUUCAGAUCAGUGUUUUGCGUGACGCCUGUGCCAAGUUCCUGGAAGAACAGCUGGAUCCUUGCAAUUGCCUGGGAAUCCAGCGCUUUGCAGAUACGCACUCGCUCAAGACGCUGUUCACCAAGUGCAGGAAUUUUGCGCUGCAGACGUUUGAGGAUGUGUCCCAGCAUGAAGAAUUCCUUGAACUGGGGAAGGAUGAGCUUAUUGAUUACAUUUGCAGUGAUGAACUGGUCAUCAGUAAGGAAGAGAUGGUGUUUGAAGCCGUCAUGCGCUGGGUGUACCGGGCAGUUGAGUUGCGAAGACCAGUGUUACAUGAACUUCUGACGCAUGUCAGGCUCCCAUUGUUACACCCAAACUACUUUGUUCAGACUGUGGAAGUGGACCAGCUGAUUCAGAACUCCCCAGAGUGCUAUCAGCUGCUGCAUGAAGCCAGGCGGUACCAUAUCCUGGGAAACGAGAUGAUGUCUCCCAGAACUAGGCCACGCAGGUCGACCGGUUAUUCUGAGGUGAUAGUUGUUGUUGGAGGCUGUGAACGAGUUGGAGGGUUUAAUCUGCCCUACACCGAGUGCUACGAUCCGGUAACAGGAGAGUGGAAGUCACUGGCUAAACUUCCAGAGUUUACCAAGUCCGAGUAUGCGGUGUGCGCUCUGCGGAACGAUAUUCUUGUUUCAGGUGGAAGAAUCAAUAGCCGGGAUGUUUGGAUUUAUAACUCUCAACUUAACAUUUGGAUCAGAGUUGCCUCCUUAAAUAAAGGCAGAUGGCGUCAUAAAAUGGCUGUGCUUCUUGGUAAAGUAUAUGUUGUUGGAGGAUACGAUGGGCAAAACCGCCUCAGCAGUGUGGAGUGUUACGAUUCGUUUUCCAAUCGAUGGACAGAGGUGGCUCCCCUCAAAGAAGCUGUGAGCUCCCCAGCAGUCACCAGCUGCGUUGGCAAACUGUUUGUCAUCGGGGGUGGUCCUGAUGACAACACGUGUUCUGACAAGGUUCAGUCUUACGAUCCCGAUACUAAUUCUUGGUUGCUCCGUGCAACUAUCCCUAUUGCAAAAAGAUGUAUUACGGCUGUGUCUUUGAACAAUCUCAUCUAUGUUGCUGGUGGGCUUACCAAAGCGAUCUACUGCUAUGACCCCGUUGAGGACUACUGGAUGCACGUACAGAACACGUUCAGCAGACAGGAGAAUUGUGGCAUGUCUGUGUGUAAUGGAAAAAUCUAUAUCCUUGGUGGAAGACGAGAAAACGGUGAAGCCACAGACACUAUUCUUUGUUAUGACCCCGCAACGGGCAUUAUCACAGGAGUAGCAGCCAUGCCCAGGCCAGUAUCGUAUCACGGCUGUGUGACGAUUCAUAGAUAUAAUGAAAAAGGCUUUAAACUGUAAUUAUUUUUCUUGAAAAAAGAAGAUGAUGGCAUGAACGAAUCCCGUGGUCUGCUGCAAGACAGACUUUUUAAAGAUGCCCGAAGUGGGAAAAUGCCCUUGCCCUACCUAAGUGUCAUAUGAAAAUUGUAUCCUGUGCCUUUA